GGCUCUCUCUCUCAAGCGCGCUCCCCCAAAACCCUAAAUCCCAUCCCCACAACCUCUUCUUUUCAAUCCCUAGUCUCUCCCCCAAGAUUCAAUCUUUUCUCUACGUUUUUACUGACCCCAGUAAAUAAUAAAAUAUGCUUGGCGGGCUCUACGGCGACCUCCCUCCGCCGUCUUCGGCCGACGAAGACAACAAGCCCACCAACUCCACCGUCUGGUCCUCCACCACCAAAAUGGCUCCCCAGACUCUCCGCCGUCCCUCUUCGAUCUUCGCGCCACCGCAGACCAUCCUCAAAUCGCACUCCAAGCCCAAGCUGGCGCCGUCCAAAGUCGCCGCCGCGGUGGUGGUGCACAGCGACGCGGGCCUGCAGCAGCCGGCGCUGGUCGGCGUCACGUCGACGGUGCUGGAGGAGUACGAUCCGGCGAGGCCGAACGACUACGAGGAGUACCGCCGGGAGCGGAAGAAGAAGGCGAUGGAGGCCGAGGUGCGGCGGGAGCUCGAUCGGCGAAGAAUCGAGGAGGAGGAGAAGGAGAGGAGAGAGAGGGAGGAGAGAGAAAGAGAUAGGGAUUUGGGAGAGGCAAGGCUGAACAUUUCCGGCGAGGAAGCGUGGAGGAGGAGGGCGGCGAUGAGCGGCGGCGCUGCGGCGGAUCCGGCAGCAGAAGCGAGGUCGCCGUCCCCGCCGAGCAAUGCGGAUGGUUUUAUGAUAGGGAAGUCGGAGAGUGGAGGAUUGGGGGUGGGAGCAGGAGGGCAGAUGACGGCGGCGCAGAGAAUGAUGGCGAAAAUGGGGUGGAAGCAGGGGCAGGGGCUUGGGAAGCAGGAGCAGGGGAUCACUACUCCAUUGAUGGCUAAGAAGACGGAUAGGCGAGCAGGGGUGAUUGUGAAUGCUAGUGAAACUAAGCCGGAGAAGAAGGCCAAAGGUGUCAGUCUCAAUGGGCCGCCGACGAGGGUGCUGCUGCUCAGAAACAUGGUGGGACCCGGUCAGGUGGAUGAUGAGUUAGAAGAUGAAGUAGCAUCAGAGUGUGCAAAGUAUGGUACGGUGACCCGGGUGCUCAUAUUUGAGAUAACGGAGCCAAAUUUCCCAGUUGAUGAAGCGGUAAGGAUCUUUGUGCAGUUCGAGAGACCUGAAGAAACGACCAAAGCAUUGGUUGACCUUGAUGGUCGAUACUUUGGUGGUAGAGUGGUCCGUGCCUCAUUCUAUGACGAGGAAAGGUUCGGUAACAAUGAAUUGGCUCCAAUGCCAGGAGAAAUACCUGGUUUCACUUGAUUUAUGGAAUCUGUAUGCAAGCUAAUUAUCCCUCAUCUGUAGAGUUAAUGAGAAAUACUGGAUCAUGGAUGCCAUGAUUUAGAGUUAGAACUGUUGCUGAGGGUAGUGGCUAAUUUGUAGAAGCUUUACUUAUGUGGAGAAACGAUAAACUACAUGAAGUGAAGCAAA